AUGUUCUCCUGUGUAGCUGUAAGUCCCCUUCCACAGCGAACCUGUGCAGACCUUGAUGCAUCAGGUACCCAGCCUGCCACCACGUUCUCCUAUGGACCCACCCCCUCUAACAAGCCUGUGGCAGGAAUGCAUAGAAAGGAGUACUAUAAGCCUAGCAGUGUGCAAGCAGCCCCAACAAGGGCCAGCACUACUACAAAAUCAAAUCCACACAUUGAUCAGUGUGACGUAACUAGAGCUAGUGCAGUGCUGGAGAAUAUUAUUUCUGAAACGGCCAAAUCAUGCAGAAAAUUAAUAUUUAAUAUUUAUAUGGGAUUUUACUGUCCAACCAUCAUACCCAAAAUAUGCAUUUGUUCUCAAUUUUCAAUGCCAUCUAUUGAUCAGUUCAAUAAGGGCCCUGGGGUAGUAUCCACCAACGGGGAACCAUUUCUUUGGAAUGAGCUAAGGUUCCCCAGCAUGGUCAUUACCCUUCACUAUGUGGUCCAUCCAAAUCUUACCUCCCUGGGCUUUAUCACAUCUGAGAAAUUGGUCAGAGAUGCCGCUCUAUAUAUCAUCUUGCACAGCAAAGAUCUUGAAAUCAUGAAUAUCAUCCUUUGAUCAGAGGAAGAUUUGAGAUACAGGAAACCAGGAAAAAAGCUGAAUGUUUUGAGUUUUGCUGCUCAUCAACAAAUUGCACUUCUGGCUCUAGAGAAACUCAUGGCUGAUUUGAGUUAACCUGUGGCCAUUGACCUCUAGGCCAAGUCAGCCGGUGGUUUUGAAGGGUUUUAUAAAAGCACAUACAGAUCUUGUGGUGGUAAAACAAGAAUAAUUGCAGUAAUGGAUUUUGAGCCAACCCAUUCACGGUUGGUUUUUCCUUGCUUUCAUGAACCACUGUAUGUAUCCAACUUUUCAAUCACGAUAAGAAGAGAAAGAGGACACAUAUAUUUGGCAUUAUUUUCGGAUCCCAAAAGUAGUACAUUGUGUCUUCAAGGAAGCCUCUUAGAAGAUCAUUUUGAAACUACGGUAAAAAUGAGGACAUAUCUUAUAGCCUACAUAGUUUGUGAUUUCAACUCUGUGAGUGGCACAACCUCGUCAGGGGUCAAGGUGUCUGUCUGCACAUCCACAGGCAAAUGGAGUAAAAAACAUUAUACCUUGGAAGCAUCAUUAAAGCUCCUUGAUUUUUAUGAACAUUACUUUGGUAUCAACUAUCCACUCCCCAAACUGGAUCUAGUUGCCAUUCCUGACUUUGGAUCUGGAGCCAUGGAAAAUUGGGGCCUCAUCACAUAUCAAAAAACAUCACUGCUCUUUGAUCCCAAGACCUCUUCUGUUUCUGAUAGACUGUGGGUCACCAAAGUCAUAGCCCAUGAACUAGCACACCAGUGUUUUGGCAACCUGGUUACAAUGAAAUGAUGGAAUGAUAUUUGGUUCAAUGAAGGUUUUGCAACAUACAUGGAACUCAUCCCACUUAAUGCUACAUAUCCAAAGCUAUAAUUUGAUGAUGCUUUUUUGGGUGUUUGUUUUGGAGUGAUCGAACAAGAUUCAUGAAAUUCAUCCUUUCCUAUCUCCAAUCAGGCAGAAACUCCUAUUUAAGUACAGGAAAUGUUUAAUACAGUUUCCUAUGAGAAGGGAGCUUGUAUUUCAAAUAUUCUCAAGGAUCUUCUGAAUAAGGAGAAAUUCCAGGAAGGAAUUAUUCACUACUUAAAGAAGUUCAGUUAUGGAAAUGCCAAAAAUGAUGAUUUGUGGAGCAGUUUGUCAAAUAGUUGUUUAGGUAAUUUUACAUCUGGUGGAUUUUGUUAUUCUGGUUCCAAGAUGACAAGCUGCACACUUGCCUUUCUGGGGGAAGAUGUGGAGGUCAAGGAGAUGAUGACUACGUGGACUCGGCAGAGAGGAAUUCCCCUCAUUGUGAUUGGACAAAAAGGACGUUCACUCAGGCUCCAAUAGAUAGGUUUUCUGAGCAGGGUUUUCAAAGAUGACCCGGAAUGGAGGGCCCUACAGGAAAGGUAUCUUUGGCAUAUUCCAUUGACCUACUCCAAUUCCUCUAAUGCGAUUCAUGGACACAUUCUAAAAUCAAGGACAGGUAAUGAACUAAUUAGCCAAAUAGGUGUUUCCAUUCUGAAAUUAAACAUGUUCUCAGCUAUUUGGAGGAAAGAUACUUUAGGUGAAAUUCAGUGUGACUCAAAUGGCUACUACAUUGUUCACUAUGAGGGGCAUGGAUGGGACCAACUCAUGGGACCAACUCUACUGCAUCAGAACCACAUGCUUCGCAAACCUAAGGACAGACAAGGUCUGAUUCAUGAUGCAUUUCAGCUGGUAAAUUUCAGCAAACAUUGCCUUCUUUGAUAUUUUAAGCCGGUGAUUGACAUGCAAAGCUGGAGCAAGGAGGGCUCAGUCUGGGACAGGUUGCUUGCCUUGACCAUCUUAAAACUGGCCUCUUACCUGAACCAUACUCCCUGCAUCCAGAAGGCAACUGAACUCUUCUCUCAGUGGAUGGAAUUCAGUGGAAAAUUAAACAUUCUAACAGAUGUUUUAAAGAUCGUAUAUUCCGUGGGUGCUCAAACGGCAGUAGGAUGGAAUUACCUUUUAGAGCAAUAUGGAUUGUCACUUUCAGGUGCUGAAAAAAACAAAAUUCUGUGUGCAUUGUCAACCAGCAAACAUCAGGAAAAGUUAAUGAAAUAAGUGCACUAAUUUAAAUUAUUAAUUGAACUAAGAAUGGGUGGAAAGGUCAUCAAGACACAGGAGUUGGUGCCUCUUCCUCAUUCAAUCUCCAGAAAUCCAAAGGGACUGCAAUUAGCCUGGAAAUUUUUAAGAGAAAAUUGGACCCAUCUCCUUGAAAAGUUUUGACUAGGCUCAUUUGCCAUGAGAGUGAUCAUCUCUGGAACAACAUUUCACUCCUCUUCCAAGGAGUUACAAGAGGUGAAACUGUUCUUUGAAUCUCUUAAGGCCCAAGGACCAUAUCUAGGUACUUUUCAAAUUAUUCUGGAAGCCAUAUCCAAAAAUAUCAAGUGGGUGAAGAAGAAUCUUCCCACUCUGAGGACUUGGCUACUGGUUAGUAUUUAA